CCCUCCCCCCUCUGUCCUCUCCCCUACCUUCCUCCACCCCUCCCCUUCUCCCUCCUCCUCCUCCUCCUCCUCCACCACCUUCUCCACCUACUCCAGCUCAGGUUGCAGCUUCUCCGGGGAGCCGCUCACCUUUCGAGAACAGGGCAAGCAGCUCCGAGCCCGGCAGGGACCCCAGCGGGGAGCAGGGCACAGCGCCCGGCACCGCGGCCCCUGAACGCGCGCGGGCCCUCUGCCUGGUCCCUGCUGAUCAUGAAUAAGGUGAAGAACUUUAAGCGCCGCUUCUCCCUGUCCGUGCCCCGCACCGAGACCAUUGAGGAGUCCUUGACUGAGUUCACAGAGCAGUUCACCCAGCUGCACAACCAGCGCAAUGAGGACCUGCAGCUCGGUCCUCUUGGCAGAGACCCCCAGCCAGACCCCAGCCCCUUCUCUCCCACGGACAGCGGGGAGGAGACCGGGCAGCCGUCCCCUGGAAUGCACUGCCGGAGGCAGAACCAGCGCCGCUUCUCCAUGGAGGACGUCAGUAAGAGGCUCUCUUUGCCCAUGGACAUCCGCUUGCCCCAAGAAUUCCUGCAGAAGCUACAGCUGGAGAGCCCAGACCUUCCCAAACCGCUCAGCCGCAGGUCCCGCCGAGCAUCCCUGUCAGAUAUUGGCUUUGGGAAACUGGAAACGUACGUGAAACUGGACAAACUGGGGGAGGGCACCUACGCCACAGUCUUCAAAGGGCGCAGCAAGCUGACGGAGAACCUCGUGGCCCUAAAGGAGAUCCGGCUGGAGCACGAGGAGGGGGCACCAUGCACAGCAAUCCGCGAGGUGUCUCUAUUGAAGAACCUGAAGCACGCCAAUAUCGUCACCCUGCAUGACCUCAUCCACACGGAGCGGUCGCUCACCCUGGUGUUUGAGUACCUGGACAGCGACCUGAAGCAGUAUCUGGACCACUGUGGAAACCUCAUGAGCAUGCACAACGUCAGGAUUUUCAUGUUUCAGCUGCUCCGGGGCCUUGCCUACUGCCACCGCCGCAAGAUACUGCACAGGGACCUGAAACCCCAGAACCUGCUCAUCAACGAGAGGGGGGAGCUGAAGCUGGCUGACUUUGGCUUGGCCCGGGCCAAGUCAGUCCCCACGAAGACCUACUCCAACGAGGUGGUGACUCUGUGGUACAGGCCCCCCGACGUGCUGCUGGGCUCCACAGAGUACUCCACCCCCAUCGACAUGUGGGGCGUGGGCUGCAUUCACUACGAGAUGGCCACAGGGAGGCCCCUCUUCCCGGGCUCCACAGUCAAGGAGGAGCUGCACCUCAUCUUUCGACUCCUGGGGACCCCUGUAGAAGAGACAUGGCCUGGCGUGAUGGGCCUGUCCGAGUUCCGUGCCUAUAACUUCCCCCGGUACCUCCCCCAGCCACUCAUCAGCCACGCUCCCAGGUUGGACUCUGAUGGCAUCAACCUCCUGACCAGCCUUCUCCUGUAUGAAUCGAAGAGUCGCAUAUCAGCAGAGGCAGCCCUGAAUCACCCCUACUUCCAGUCUCUGGGAGAGCAGGUGCACCAGCUCGAAGACACCGCCUCCAUCUUCUCCCUGAAGGAGAUCCAGCUCCAGAAGGACCCAGGCUACCGGGGCCUGGCCUUUCAGCAGCCAGGUCGAGGGAAGAACCGGCGACAAAGCAUCUUCUGAGCUGUGCCCACCCGACUGCGGCUCGCGGGAUGAGAGGUCUCGCCAACCACAAUUGCAGGCAGGAGGGGGCUUCCAUGGCCCUCAGAGGACCCAGAAAUGAGGGCUAAGGCCGGCCCAGAAGAUGUCUUGCUGGCCACAGCUGUGUCCUGACCCUGCUUCCCACAUGACUCCCCAGCGGGCCUUUGCCUGGACAGCAACCUCUCCAUGACCUGCCCUGGGAGGAGGUGAGGGGGGGAGAGAGGGACCUUGGACUCUUUCCCACCCUGAAGUCCUCGUCAUCUGCAUGGGAUCCACAGGCACAGGAGAACCCAGCUGCCGGGCUGAGCACUGUGCCCUGGACACGGGCACCACCACGCCUCCCUCAGGGGCCCCCCUGUCUCACCAGUUUGGUCGAGCCCCUUAUGGGAACCUCGGAGCCCACACACCUUUCACCUUCUUCCCCUCUGAGAGCAGGAAGCAAUGUGGCACCUUUUCCAGAACCUUGGAAUCCUUGGUACCAGUGUGUGUGCCAAAGCCCGCCCCCCGCCUGAGGAGCUGGUAUCCCUGGAACAACAGGGGAACGGCAGCCCCCCCCACUCCCAGUCAUCACCCCGUCCUGUUCACGCUCCCCACCCCUUGCUGGAGCCCCCCCAUGCUGCCGGGUUCCCAGCCGAGCCCGGAGGUGGCUGGUUCGGCCAGCUGCACUCCUGCACCUCCGCCGCCCUGCCCGUCUCCCUGGCCUGAAUGGGGCUGCCUGAAGGUGGUGGGUGGAGAGCACUCGCUGCCCUUGGAGCUCUGGCCCCGGCUCCUGCCUGUCCACCCUUCCCGAGAGCGGCUCCUGCUUAUCACGCCCGAGUGCUGAUAAGCCAGCCCUGGGCCGGGGUCCUGAGGACAGCACCCAGAUAGGCAGGGUCACCCUGACAUUGGUGCCAGCCUGGCCUCGGCUCUUUAGGGCCCGCACAGCCUCCCCUGUCCCCUCCUUUCCAGCCCAUGUGGCCCUGUCCUUGCCGCACCCAGUCCUGGCACCAGCCUCCCCGAAGGGUGGUCACGAGAAGGCAGGUGUAAAUGCCACAGUGACGUAGAGGAAAGUGGGAUGGGACAGACAGGCUUGGGUCCUGAGAGCCCUGCCCCAGGGGGCUAGGAGUGUGAGGGGCUUUGGCCCCUGAAGAAGGCACUCCUUGGCACCCCUUCGGAGCCUGUUGUGCCCCCAGGGCGCCUCCACACUUGGCUGAGUCUUGAACAGCCAGGCCGGGCGGGGGCCAGGCCCGACCCGUCCGUACCAGUCGGCCCAGCCCCACCCCUCAGCCCGAGGAGCAGCCCCGGAGGGUCUUGGCCUUUGUGUCCCUCCACUUCUCAUUCAGGGUACUGUGAAUGUCCUGUGACUCAGCCAAAGACAGGUGACAUAUUUAAUUUAUGUACUGAAAGGAGCAGGCAUUCGCAUGCAGAAAAGCUGAAUUUGACAGAUUAAUGCCAAAGAUGGAGGCCUUCUCCGGGUCUUAGGAUGCGGGUAGGCUUGUGUGUGUGUGUGUGUGUAUGUGUGUGUAUAAAGUGCAGAGAGAGUUAGAUUUGUGUGUGUCUCUGAACCUACCUGGGCUGUGGGAGGGGUGCCCUCCACCCCCUACUGUAUUUUGGAUGCUGCUCCGUUUAGGACAGGAAGUCGACUCUGGGUGUUGUGGGUGGGCGAGGAGGAGGCCUGCAUCCGGCCUUGGCCCAGGUGGUGCCUGAGGCCAGGAUGGUGAAGACGGAGUCCGGGGAGGGGUCUGCAGUUCUGUCUGCUGUAACCAGCCCUUGUUCUUCCCCAUCCAAGUGGCUCCCUGACUUCUUGGGAGGGAGGAAGAUUCAAGAGGGUUGACAUAGUGGAUGGCCAAGGCCAGGGCAGCAAAACUAGGUCUAAACCUCACAGUGAUUCUGGGCCAUCUGGACUCCAUGUCCCCAGGGCUGCCCAGACCACCUCUUACCCCGAGUCUGCCCUCAGCCUCCUCUCACACACAUCUCCCACAGUCCUCGGCACCCUGCUCAGUCCCCAGCUCCGUGUCUGGGUGUGUUCUCCCGAGACCACCCAGAGAAUGGGAGGCUCCUGAGCCACUCCUGACCUCCCUGUUCAGUGAGCUCAUCUGGGGUGGCUGCUUUGUGGAGGAGGAAGCUAGUACUGAGAGGUGGGCGAUGUCUCCCAAGGCCCUAGAAGGAAGGAGCGGACAAGGACUUGGUGCUCAGGCCACCAGGUCAUCAGCCUAGACCUCCCCAUCCUUUUGAAGACAGGCAGUCUCCAAACUGUAGGACACUCUGUGCUCCAUGAGAGGGCAGGGGCCAAGAGACACAAGGGUGGGAGUCAGAGCCAGGCCUUAUAAGCUGAGUCUGGAAGGAGAAUGGAUGGGACCUGAUGUUCAUGAAACUCCGUGCAAUGUACCAGUCCAUGUGUAGAGGCGUCUCCUGAGCCUCACAAUGGUCCCAUUUCUCCCCCCUUCACAGGUGAGAACAGUGAGGUUCCCAGCCUUAAAAGACAUGUCUGGGGUGACGUAGUAAAUCAGAAUCCCAGGUCUGUCUGCCAUCCCAG